AUGUCUUCAUCUUCAUCGGAAGAUACUUAUUAUAACUUAGAUGGAGAAUAUGAAAUAGAGGGGGAAAUUUAUACGGAGGUUGAAAAAAAAGAAAAAACACCCGAACCUAAAGCCAUUUCGGUAGGAGAUUUUUUACCUUAUGGCCCUAGAAUGUAUUAUGAAUCACCUGAUAACGUUGUCAGAAUAAAAGAUAUUGGAGAAAAAAGUAGAAUUUUAGUUAUUGGGGUUAUUGGAUCCUUUACGCCGGACUGUUGGAAUAGGCAUUUGUUUUUAGUGUUACAAAAACUUGAUUAUUUUCAAGAAAGAGGAGUGGAUUAUAUAUGUUGCAUUGCGACCAAUGAUCCAUUCGCACAUCAAGCUUGGGGUACUUAUUUAGGUUGUGAGGACACUGUUCUUAUGUGGGGAGACCCUACCAAAAGAUUUACUAAAGCUUUGGGCAUGGAUAUUAUUGUGCCUUGGUUGGAUAAUAAUAUUAGAUCAAAAAGGUAUAUCAUUUUAGCUGAUAAUAUGCUGGUAACUAAAAUUCUCAAAGCUCCACAAGAUGAUUUAGGAAUGACAUGGCAAUGUGAGCAUUUCACAGAUUUCUUCAGCAUUGGCGAAGAAGAAAAUGAUGACUUAGAUUGA